AUGCAGUCUACGUGCCGGACCUCCUCUUCUUCGGUGGUUCCUCCACUGGCGACGGCCGCCGGACUGUGGGAUUCCAGGCGGAGUGCCUGGCAAGGGGGGCUGGCAAAGCUGGGAGUGCAGCAGUGCACAGUGGUCGGGUUCAGCUACGGCGCGGUGGUGGCGUUCAGGUUGGCCGAGUUGCAGCCUGAGCUGGUCGAGUCGGUGGUGGCGACGUGCUCUGGCCCGGUGCUGACGGAGUCGCUGACGCGGGAGUGCUUAGAGAGGUUGGGGUUUCCGACGUGGUCGGAAUUUCUGUUGCCUGAUUCGGCGAGUGCACUGAAGAAGUUGCUUGAAAUUGGCAGCUUCCACUUCCCUAGACUCCCCAAGUGUGUUUUCAAGCACGCUUUAGAGCCUUGGGGUGACCAGCUACCGACGAAACGAGGGGUAGAGACCUCGUCGGAGCGUCGCCGACCCUUAGCAAGGCCGCGCCUCGUCAACCGAGCCUCGCCGAGAUUGUCAUGA